AUGAUGACUUCGAGAGGCGAAGUUCUGAAACUGAGCAGUGUUCGCGAAACAACAAAAGUUGAACUUUCAUUACUUUUUGAUCGUCUUGACGCUGGCGCACAGGCUACGAAGGUUGUGUACGUGUCUCCACAUCUUCUAUCGGCAUUUGAUACCAUUGGUGUGACAAAGGAGCUGCUCACAAAAGAACGUGGUGUUGUUGGUGUGUUUCCAUUUGGGAACGAGGACGGGCUUGUAUCUGCGCAGCAUGCUCUGUUUUUUGUGAACCCAGAUGUGGAGAUGCUUCGAUCGCUAGUGGUCAAUCUCUUGGCGUACACUCAAAAACACACUAAGGCCUUACUGCAUGUUUUCUUUGUUCCGCGGAAACCCCUUUUGGUUGAACAUGUCCUUAACAGUGAAUUCCAACUUCUACGCUCUCUGCCUGGACUUCAACUUGGGGAAUUUGAUUUUGAUUUGGCACCGUUGGAUGAUGAUUUGCUUUCGAUGCAACUGCCAUUGGCUUUUAAACACUUGGUUGCCGAUGGGGAUAUUACAAUGCUUCACUGUGUUGCGAGAAUGCUGCUGAAGCUGCAGACGUCGCGCUUUGGAGCAAUACCUCUUAUCAGAGGUAAGGGGACGAGGGCGGCCAAGGUGGUGCAGAUGCUCGGUAGAAUGCAAAAUGAAGUGGGAUCUGAAUUCCUGACAGGCCUAACACCCGAAAUUGAUUCUCUAUUCAUUCUUGAUCGUACGUUGGAUCUGGUUACUCCACUUGCAUCCCAGCUAACGUACGAGGGUCUUAUCGAUGAAUUUUACUCUAUAGACUGUGGUCAGGCGACGUUUCCGUUUAAUUUGGGUGAGGGUUCCAAGAUGGAUGCGGCCCAGCGAAUCUUACUGAAUAACAACGAUCGUAUCUUCAGUGAGAUUCGUGACAAAAACUUCACAAACGUCGCCUCUGUUCUCUAUAAUAAAUCUGUGCUGAUAAAGCAGAGUUACGAGCGGCGAAAAGAAGUCCAACAGCUCAAAGAACUCAAGGAGUUCAUGAAGGGUUUGCCUGAAAUGCAGGAAAUGCAUCGCUUAAUCGGUGUUCAUACUACUAUAGCGACAGAGAUUGGGAAACGAACACAGAGCAUGGAUUUUCGGCGGCGUAUUUCCAUAGAACAAAGUAUCAUACAGCAUGGGAAUGAUCGUGAGAUCGUUGAAUACAUCGAAGAGUUGAUUGACAAGAGUGCACCCAUCACGGAUGUUCUUCGACUUCUUUCUAUGUACUCACUGGUGAACGGUGGCCUUAAGAACAAAACAUAUGAUUUCUUCAAGGAGAAUCUCAUGUUGUCAUAUGGUAUCCCUCAGGUCAUAGCCGCUCUUUUCUCUCUUGAGCGUUGUGGCUUGAUUACAAGGUACGAGGCCAAACAGGCAAAUUUUUCAGCUCUACGCAAGCAGUUCAAGCUGUGGAAUGAUACAUUGGAGGAGCAGCAACCAAAUGACAUUGCAUAUGCCUACAGCGGGUAUGCGCCACUGUUAGUACGUCUAUUUGAGGCUAUGAUUACGCAUCCAGAGUCCUGGGGCACGCCAGGGGAUGUGAUCGACUUGGUUCCAGGAGAGAAGGCUGAAAUACGCAAUGACGUGGAAGUGCCUGGAGGUCCCCCAAUAACAAUGAUCUUUGUUAUAGGUGGAAUUACACAUGCUGAAAUAAGUGCAUUGCGUUUUGUGUCAUCGAAAUUGACUAAUGCGGGACAACCAAGGCAUAUCGUGAUAGUAUCAACAAACGUCACCAAUGGCACUCAAAUGAUAGAUUCCCUGCUGCCUUUUUCAACAGAAUGCUGA